AUGGGACAGUCCGUGUCCACUCCGUUGAGCCAAACUUUGAAUCAUUGGUCAGAGGUUAAAACUAGAGCCCAAAAUUUGUCUGUGGAAGUGAGAAAGGAACGCUGGCAGACUUACUGUGCAUCUGAGUGACCGACGUUUGGAGUAGGUUGGCCACCAGAGGGCACCCUAGACAAAACUGUUAUUUUGUCAAUUAAAAAGAUUGUUUUCCAGCCUGGACCUGGAUCUCAUCCGGAUCAGGUCCCUUACAUCGUGGUAUGGGAGGACCUUGCCUCUGACCUUCCCCCGUGGCUGAAGCCCUGGUCCCGGGCAUCCCCAUCCCCAUCCUCACGCAUAUUGGUAGCACAGGAGCUGCAGACGGAGAAGAAGACGACUCCCCAAAUUUAUCCUGACAUCGAAGGUUCUCCAGAUGAGGAUGAACCCACACCGUCGGCGCCCAGUCCUCCUCCUCCACCCCCUUAUCAACAUGACAAAUCCGAAGGUACUAGAAGCCGGCGUGGAACCAGUCCAGAGGGUCCUUCCUCAGACCCCACCUUCCCACUCAGGGCUUACGGCCCCCCAGUGGAUUCCUCUGACCUCCAGCCCUUACAGUAUUGGCCUUUUUCCUCGGCCGACCUUUAUAAUUGGAAAACUAACCAUGAUUCUUUCUCUGAAAAUCCCUCCAGCUUAACUAAUCUCAUGGAGUCUCUGAUGUUCGCUCAUCAGCCCACUUGGGUUGAUUGUCAGCAACUUUUACAGGUUCUUUUCACCACUGAAGAAAAGGAGCGAAUCCUCCUAGAAGCCCGAAAGCACAUCCCGGGACCAGAUGGAACCCCGACCCAGAUGCCCAACCUCAUUGAUGCCGCCUUCCCCCUUGAUCGCCCCCCUUGGGACUAUAACACGGCUGAAGGUAGGAAGAGGCUGACCACUUACCGCCAGGCUCUUGUGGCAGGUCUCAAAGGGGCAGCUCGCCGCCCCACUAAUUUGGCCAAAGUAAGAGAAGUACUUCAAGGGCCUACAGAGGCCCCCUCUGUGUUCCUAGAGAGCCUCCUUUAGACGUAUCAAAGGUAUACUCCCUUUGACCCUACGUCUGAGGGACAGCAGGCAGCAGUAGCCAUGUCCUUUAUAGGCCAGUCCUACCCGGACAUCAAGCGUAAGUUACAAAGACUAGAAGGCCUACAAGAUCUUACAGUAAGAGACUUAGUUAAGGAAGCAGAGAAAGUGUACCAUAAGAGAGAGACAGAGGAAGAGAGAGAGAGAGAGAGAGAGAGAGAGAGAAAGGAAAGGGAAGAAAGAGAGGAUGAGAGAGAUAGACGUAGAGACCAGAAUUUAACUCGAAUACUGGCCGCAGUAGUACCUGAAGGAAACAGGAAUGUAGGAAGAAAGACAGGGAACCUGGGCAACCCCCGCCGCCGGAACAACUGGACUUCACUGGAAUGGAGAAUUUUAGAUAGAGACCAGUGCCGCCACUGCAGGAAUAAGGGACACUGGGCCAAGGACUGUCCGAACAAGAAGGAAAAGAUGCGGGGUCCCAGGACUCUAGCCCUGAGAAACGAAGAUGAUUAGGACAGUCAGGGCUCAUAUUCCCUCCCUGAGACUAGGGUAACCUUAGAUGUGGAGGGAACCCCCGUGGAUUUCCUGGUAGACAUGGGGGCAGAGUUUUCAGUUUUACAACACCCCCUGGGGAAGCUUGCUGACAAGACCAGUAUGAUGGUGGGGGCAACCGGCAUGAAGAUACACAAAUGGACAACGGCUCGACGCGUCAAUUUAGGGGCUGGCCGGGUAUCGCAUUCCUUCCUAGUAGUUCCUGAGUGUCCCACACCCUUGCUCAGUCGAGACUUAUUGACUAAAAUGAAUGCCAAAAUACAGUUUUCAUCAGAGGGACCCCGAGUGAAGUGGCAUUCCCCCAGGCCAGUAUACUUCAAAUUCAUCAAUUUGACUGAUGAAUACCGCAUACAUGAGAAAGGUAAGAAGAUGGACAACCCACAGUGGUGGCUUUCUAAGUUCCCCGAGGCCUGGGCGGAGACCGGGGGAGUUGGGAUGGCUUCCCAAGUUCCCCCCCCAGUGAUUACAGUCAAAUCGGGCGCUACCCCCAUCAGUGUGCGCCAGUACCCUAUGAGCAAGGAAGCAAAGGAAGGUAUCCGGCCCCAUGUAAACAAGUUUUUACAACUGGGCAUCCUAACCCCAUGCCGGUCCCCCUGGAAUACCCCACUAUUACCAGUAAAGAAGCCUGGGACAUGAGACUAUCGACCCGUCCAGGACUUGAGAGAGGUCUACAAAAGGGUAGAAGAUGUACAUCCCAUAGUGCCUAAUCCCUACACCCUCCUCAGCACUCUGCCACCAGAGAGGACAUGGUAUACUGUCUUAGAUCUCAAGGAUGCUUUCUUUAGUCUGAGACUACAUCCCACCAGCCAGCAUCUGUUUGCCUUUGAGUGGAAAGACCCGGAAUCAGGACAUUCUGGACAAUUGACCUGGACCAGACUACCACAGGGAUUCAAGAAUUCACCCACCCUCUUUGAUGAGGCUCUACAUCGAGACCUGACGAUUUUCCGAACCAACAACCCGCAGCUGACUCUCCUUCAAUACCUUGAUGACCUUCUUCUGAGGGCUGAAACCCAGGGUGAGUGCCAAAAAGGGACUGAACAACUGCUAUCUGAAUUAGGCCGUCUGGGAUACUGGGCGUCGGCGAAGAAAACACAGUUGUGCCGCACCGAGGUGACCUUCCUGGGUUACAUCCUCAGGGAUGGUAAGCGAUGGCUCACUGAAGCCCAGAAAAAGACUGUGCUCCAGAUACCUGUACCUCAGACACCUCGACAGGUGAGGGAACUCCUAGGCACCGCCGGGUUCUGCCGGCUGUGGAUUCCUGGGUUCACCACGCUGGCUGCCCCCCCCCACACCUUGACCAGGUCAGAGACUGAGUUCCAGUGGAAGGCCGAACAUUAAGCAGCCUUUGAUGCCAUCAAACAGGCCUUAUUGACUGCACCUGCUCUAGUCCUGCCUGUUCUAACCAAGCCUUUUACGCUGUUUGUAGAUGAGAGAGCGGGGGUGGCAAAGGGAGUGCUGACCCAGACCCAGGGUCCCUGGAAACUGCCUGUGGCGUACCUUUCCAAAAAGCUAGACCCUGUGGUUAGUGGCUGGCCAUCCUGCCUCAAGAUCAUCGCAGCAGUAGCCAUUUUGGUAAAAGACUCUGAUAAACUAACCCUAGGUCAGCCAGUAACGAUUAUAGCCCCACACGCUCUAGAAAGUGUCAUCCGGCAGCCCCCAGACAGGUGGAUAACUAAUGCCCGCCUGACUCACUACCAGAGUCUACUGCUAAAUGAUAGAGUUUCUUUUGGAGCUCCUGUCAUCCUAAAUCUAGCCACGCUGCUCCCAGAGACAACAGGUCAAAAUCCAAUACAUGUGUGUGCCGACAUCUUGGCUGAGGCCUCUAGUACCAGAGAGGAUCUGACGGAUGUCCCCCUACCGGGCUGCCCCUCCUGGUUCACAGAUGGCAGCAGUUUCCUGGUGGAAGGAAAGAGAAAGGAGGGAGAGGCAGUGGUGGAUGGGAAAAGGACCAUUUGGUCCAGUGGACUGCCUGAGGGCACCUCAGCCCAGAAGGCUGAAUUAAUAGCCCUCACUCAGGCAUUGAGACUGGCGGAAGGAAAAAACAUUAACAUCUACACUGACAGCCGCUACGCCUUCGCCACUGCACAUGUUCAUGGGGCCAUCUACCGGCAGAGAGGUCUCUUAACAUCCACGGGAAAAGAGAUUAAAAAUAAAGAUGAAAUCCUCAGCCUCCUAGAGGCAGUACACCUCCCAAAAAAGGUAGCCAUCAUCCACUGUCCCGGACAUCAGGGGGGACAGGAUGCUGUGGCCAGAGGUAACCGUAUGGCAGACGCCACCCCCAAACAGGCCGCGCUCGGGGCCAUGAUUCUGACAGUGGUAAAUGAAGAGCUUCCCCCAAACCUAAGAGAUUCUAGCUUCCAAUACACCCAAGAAGAGCUAGAGGAAUUUCAUCGGUCUGAUUGGGUACAAGGAUUUUCUCCCUGCGGUGUGGCAGAGACAGCAGAUGGCAAACAAGUCCUCCCAAACAAGGAGGGAUGCGACUUCGUUACCAACUUCCAUCGUCUGACCCACCUAGGUACAAGGAAGUUGAUAAAACUUGUGAACUCCUCUAAAUACUAUGUUCAGAGAUUAUCAGACUUAGCCCAAGAGGUUGUGCAGAGCUACCAAGCCUGUGCUCUCGUCAACUCCAAUAGACCCCCGUCCCUCCAUGGCAAGAGGCUUAGGGGGGAUAGACCGGGGGCUCAUUGGGAAGUUGACUUUACAGAAAUAACUCCAGCCAGGUAUGGUAAUAAAUAUCUACUAGUGUUCGUAGACACCUUCUCAGGUUGGGUAGAAGCAUUCCCUACCCACUCGGAAACAGCUCAAGUGGUGGCCAAGAAGAUACUGGAAGAGAUCUUUCCGCGGUUCGGACUCCCCAAGGUAAUUGGGUCUGACAGUGGACCUGCUUUUGUUGCCCAGGUAAGUCAGGGGCUGGCCAGUCAGCUGGGGAUUAAUUGGAAAUUGCAUUGUGCUUACAGACCCCAGAGCUCAGGACAGGUAGAAAGAAUGAAUAGAACCUUAAAAGAGACCUUGACUAAAUUAGCCUUAGAGACCGGCGGGAAAGAUUGGACAAUUCUCCUUCCCUUCGCCCUGUUCCGUGCUCGGAACACCCCCGGAAGGUUUAAGCUGACACCGUAUGAGAUCCUAUGGGGCAGCCCGCCCCCUGUGGGUGAAGCAAGGGGAAUACAUGAUCCUGACCCAUAUCUUUCUCAACCCCUCCUCACCUGCCUCAGAGCUCUUGAGAUUGUCAGACGCCAGGUGUGGGACUUGCUGAAGGAGACCUACCAGACAGAGAGCCCCGAAAUCCCUCACGGAUUCUAAGUCGGAGAUCUGGUUCUGAUCAGACGACGCUGAGCAGGAAAUCUUGAGCCCCGCUGGAAAGGACCUUAUUCGGUUCUACUCACCACCCCAACCACUAUAAAGGUCGACGGAAUAGCCGCCUGGAUCCACGCGUCACACGCAAAGAAGGCUCCCAAGACCCCUGAAGAUGAAUGGACUGUGGAAAGGACUCCUCACCGUCUUAAGCUUCGCCUCCGUCGCCGUUUCAACCUGGGUGAGGACAUCGAAUAA